UUUAUAAAUAUCAUCCAGUGGAGCUGGGCGUAGGGGCUACAAAAGGCCACCCACAAUCUCCCCAUUGUUCACUGGCAUCAUUGUUGGUCUGACCUCCCAGCUGCUCAGCCAUGGCGCCCAAGAAAGCCAAGAAGAGGACAGCAGAGGGAGCCAACUCCAACGUGUUCUCCAUGUUUGAACAGGCCCAGAUCCAGGAAUUCAAAGAGGCCUUUACUAUCAUGGACCAGAACAGAGACGGCUUCAUCGAUAAGAAUGACCUGAGGGACACUUUUGCCGCUCUAGGACGCCUGAAUGUGAAACAAGAGGAGAUUGAUGAGAUGCUUAAAGAAGCUCCAGGCCCCAUAAACUUCACUGUUUUCCUCACCAUGUUCGGUGAAAAGCUGAAAGGUGCCGAUCCGGAGGAGACCAUCCUGAAUGCGUUUAAGGUUUUUGACCCUGAGGGGAAAGGCGUGCUGAGAAAGGACUAUGUGACACAGAUGCUCACAACACAAGCAGACCGGUUCUCUGCUGAAGAGAUGGAGCAGAUGUUCGCUGCCUUCCCUCCAGAUGUGGCUGGAAACCUGGACUACAAGAACCUGGUUCACAUCAUUACCCACGGAGAGGAAAAGGACCAGGAGUAAAGCUUUUUAUCAACAUGUUCAUCAAAUAGAGAGCCUUCUUUUGAGUCAUCCGUCUGCCCUUGAAGGAGAUACAUACAGACUGCGUUUCAUCCACUCAGUUUUUAUGUUUAUGCAGUUACUCAGCCCAGAUGACAAGACAAGGCAAAACUUUCUCCACAGAGCUGAACGUUUCGACAUCCUCCUCCUCCCAUUCAGCUUUAUCCACAUUCAACUGGAACCUAUUAUAUAUAAUUUCCCUUCUUCAUUUUGUACAGACUCCAAACAACCUGCCUCUUUACCUUUUUUCAUAGCAAAUACAUUCAUUUGUUAGGUCUGUGCAUGUUUGUCUAAUAAAACACUUCAAACAUA